AGGGUGUGAACAGCUCGACUUGAGUAAACGGGCCGUGCAAUUUGCAUCGUGGGAUGAGUAGUACUAUAUAACAUCGUGCGCCUCAAUAUUUCCUUCCGCUAGCCCACCAGUCAGUUGGUGUUGAAGCCACCAACAGCAUUCAUACCAAGCACUUUAGUCAAAAGCCCUUAUUACCAUUGAUAAAAACACCCACCCGUGGGUAAAAACGCUCCUGCACCUCAGUCUCUCUUCGUCAAAGACCAACACCAACAACAAAAAAAUACAUCUUAUCAAAGAUGAAAUUCAUAAUACCAACCCUCCUCCUCGCCACUCUCGCAACAGCAACCCCCUCCUCUCCCUUCACCGACGCAUCAAUCGAACAGUGCAACGAAGCACUCACCGCCCGCGCCGCCCACACCUACACCGACGCGCACUCGCACCUCGCCGCUCGCUCCAACAACAACAACAAGAAGAAAAAAGACAAAAAGCCCAAAAAGCCUAAAAAGCCUAAAAAGCCCAAAAAGCCCAAAGGAAGGUAUUCAGGCUCUGACAACGAUACCGAGACCGAGAGCGCGGCUAUGAUGAGGUUCGUGCCAUCGAUGGGCGCGUUGCAGGUCGGCGUUAUGGGGUUCGGAGUGCUUGAGGUUGUGAGGCUGUGGGGGUGAAUCGGUGAUGGAAUUG